AGUAGAAAAACUAAGUGGAAAUGGGUUAAUGACGCUAAUCACAGGCAAACAAGACCAUAACAAUAAUAACAAUACAGCCAGGCAAGCUUGCAGGCAGGCAGGUUUAUAUUCGAUUCAAAAUAUUUGCCAAGUCUCAUUUUCCCAGAUCUUGUUCCCGCUCCAAACCCUAAAUCGAUCUGCUGCUAAUCACUAAUACAAUCAGCAGAUUCAGUACAGCGUGGCAAGAUGCAACGGAAUCCAGUGACAAUUGAGGAACAGCUCAUUUUCAAAGCAAUUAAAGAAGAAUGUCCAUGGGAGAAUCUCCCUAAAAGGCUCCAAGCGACUCUUACUUCUAAAGAGGAGUGGCAUAGAAGGAUAGUUGAACAUUGUAUAAAGAAAAGGCUUCAAUGGAACACCUGUUUUGCUCGGAAAGUAUGUAAAGAAGGUGAAUAUUAUGAAGACAUGAUGCGUUACUUGCGAAAGAAUUUGGCGCUGUUCCCAUAUCACCUCUCAGAGUAUGUUUGCCGUGUGAUGAGAGUAUCGCCUUUCAGAUAUUACUGUGAUAUGAUAUUUGAGGUCAUGAAAAAUGAGCAACCUUAUGACAGCAUCCCAAAUUUUAGUGCUGCUGAUGCCUUGCGGCUUACUGGGAUAGGAAGAAAUGAGUUUAUUGAUAUCAUGAACAAGUGCAGAUCUAAGAAAAUUAUGUGGAAGCUGAACAAGUCAAUUGCAAGAGAACUUUUACCUACACAGCCUGUCGAUUUUACAAUUGAACCGUGGUGGGGAGUCUGUCUUGUCAACUUCACCCUGGAAGAAUUUAAGAAACUCUCAGAAGAAGAAAUGGCAACAAUAGAUAAAAUUUGUAAGGAGGAGGCUAAUGCGUAUAUCCUAUUUGAUCCUGACAUUGUUAAAGGUCUAUUUAAACGAGGAUUAAUCUACUUUGACGUGCCUGUCUACCCUGAUGAUCGUUUUAAAGUUUCCAGACUUGAAGGGUUUGUUUCAAAUAGGGAUCAGUCUUAUGAAGAUCCUAUUGAGGAGUUACUCUAUGCAGUUUUCGUUGUUUCUAGUGAGAAUGCCACUGUUGAUGAACUGGCAACAACGCUGCAGGCUCACCUUUCUCAGCUGCAAGCUGCUGCAUCCUUCGCUUGUCGACUGGGAUGGGCAGUGAAAUUGAUUGACCCAGGAUCCAUUCUUCAAGAUACAAGCAUACCUGGCUCUCCUAAAAAUUCUAUCGGUGAUGAUGAGGAUGCUGCUCGCGCUAGUAUAAGUUCAGUAAAUAUGUCUACUGAUGGUGAGGCACUGCAAGGUGAUCCACGUUCUAGCCAUGCUCGUGUUGCUUUUAUAGUAGACGCUACUAUAACAUCCUAUCUUAUGAUGGGAUCUGUUUCACCAGGCUUGAAAUCUCAUGCUGUAACAUUGUACGAGGCGGGGAAGUUAGGUCAUGCUAGCAUAGCGGACCUUUGCAAGGAUUUGGGUACAUUAGAGGGAGCAAAAUUUGAGGGAGAAUUGCAGGAAUUUGCAAAUCAUGCCUUUAGCCUCCGCUGUGUCCUGGAGUGCUUGCUGUCAGGUGGGAUUGCUAUUGAUGAACAAGUGGAAGAAGUAUGUAAUAAGACGGCUACUCCUUUGAUUGCUGAAAUCUCAUUGACUGAUAAAUCUGAACGGUCUGGUGCCAAUGAAGCUGAAGUGGACAUUGAUUAUUCCACUAAUUUAGCCGAGCUUGUUUCUGGAGGUAUUGGUGAUGAAACAUUUGUUUUAUCUGAAGACGGUAAUACCUUAAGUGAGGUCACUAAGUUGGACCAGAAUGCCCUGAAUGAUGAGAGACUUGUUCCUGUUGAAGGGUCUGAUGUUGGAAGAGAAACUCUAAGGAGAAGGAAAUAUCGUGUUGAUAUUCUCCGUUGCGAAAGCUUGGCUGCUCUGGCUCCAGAAACUUUGGAUAGGCUAUUUCUUCGCGAUUAUGAUAUUGUUGCAUCUAUAGUUCCACUUCCUCAUUCAGCAGUUCUUCCUGGACCAAGAGGUCCCAUCCAUUUUGGCCCCCCUUCUCAUUCUUCCUUAACACCGUGGAUGAAAUUAGUGCUUUACUCAACUGUUGGCAAUGGGCCUUUGUCAGUUGUUCUGAUGAAAGGACAAUGCUUACGCUUGCUUCCUGCACCAUUGGCUGGUUGUGAAAAAGCCCUCAUAUGGUCUUGGGAUGGUUCAACAAUUGGAGGGUUGGGAGGCAAGUUUGAAGGAAAUUUGGUUAAGGGGGGUGUGCUUUUACAUUGUCUAAAUUCACUUCUUAAAUACUCAGCUGUCUUGGUGCAGCCCUUCAGUAGGUAUGACCUUGAUAAAUCUGGAAGAGUCAUUACGAUGGAUAUACCAUUGCCUCUUAACAACUAUGAUGGUUCAAUUGCUCGCCUAGAGAAUGAACAGGUUCUUUCGGAGGAAGAAAGUUUAAAACUUAACUAUGUAUUAACUCAGAUGACAAAGAAACUGGGAUUGUCAACAAUUGGUUAUGUUCGCAUGUUAAAACUUUUUAAUGAGAAAGAAUCAGACCACUUUGCGCCUGAUGAAGAGAAAUAUGAGUGGGUACCAUUAAGUGUUGAAUUUGGGAUGCCCCUUUUUAGCCCAAAGUUAUGCAAUAAUAUAUGUAAAAGAGUUGUGUCGUCACAGUUUCUUCAGUUUGAAUCUUUUGAUGGACAUCAUGAGACAAUGCAAGGCAUACGGAAAAAGUUGCGCGAUGUUUGUGCAGAGUAUCAUUCAACAGGUCCUGCUGCCAAACUUCUUUAUCAGAAAGAGCAAUCAAAGGACCCAUCUCGACAUCUUAUGAACUAUGCCAGUGGAAGAUGGAAUCCCCUUUUGGAUCCAUCUUCUCCCAUCUUAGGAGCCUUGAGUGAGCAUCAGAGACUGAAACUUACUAACCGACAGCGUUGCCGGACUGAAGUUUUGAGUUUUGAUGGAAGCAUUCUAAGAUCAUAUGCCUUAACUCCAGUGUAUGAGGCUGCCACAAGGCCUAUUGAAGAAACGCCAAUGGUGAACACUACAAAAGAUGAUCAUGAUGAAGCUGACAGUAAAGAAGUGACUCUUCCUGGUGUAAACCUUAUUUUUGACGGUGCAGAAUUACACCCAUUUGAUAUAGGUGCUUGCUUACAGGCUCGGCAACCAAUUUCCUUAAUUGCAGAGGCCGCGGCAGCCUCAGCUUCUGCUGCAAUCAAAUAGAGGUCUUUUGGCAUUACUUUUACUUGGCUGAGGUAGAUAGAAGAAUUUGUUCAUACACAACAAAUGAAGUAUUGAAACAUUAAUCUUCCUUGUGAGAUUUGCUUGGUUCACUUGUUGCAUCUUUGAGAUUGUUUCUAUGCAUAGGCUCAGGCUUAUAUCUAAGGUACUACUGUGACUGCUGUCUAUGUUCAAGGCCUUGGCUAAACAUUAUAAAUUAGCAUGUCGAGUGAAAUGGCGUGACAGAGGGAAAGAUGGAUUCUGAAUGCAAUUCCAUUCACUGCUUGAAUGAUGUCAGGUCCUGAUCUUUGUUCCUUAAUUCAUAAUAAAAUGAGCCUCUUUUUGCUGCAUUUAUAUGUAAAUAUACAUCUAUAUAGAGGGAAACUGCGCCAUAUACGUGAAAUUUUGUAUGAUUGCGUGUAAAGUUUGAUUUGAUUUUUUCUGCUAGCAUACACAUGUAGAAGGGAGAAAUUUCAGCAGAAAACAGUGAAAAGGUUUACCAAUGGCACUAAUGAAUUAAAUAGUAUUUGUUCAA